GGGGAGGUGUGAAGGUUCUCAUUCAGCUACGGAUUAUCUUGCUCUGUGCUACUUACGGAAUUUUUCCUCCUCAAUCAUUUCUCGUUUCCCGGAGUUGGGUGUGCGGAGUAUUGGAUGAGGAAACUUUUGGAUUCUAUGGCCUCGCUAUGCAACAUAACGUGAAUCUCGACGACUUCCGUGCUAGAUCAAGCGAGUCUAGCUGUUUACUAGUGUUCGUGACGUCAUAACUUCUCUGUCAACACAGGAUCUGGCCACGCUGCGUGCUACAGCCUUGACCAUGGCCGCCAUUGUAACGACGUAACGACCAAAGCGAGGCUGACACGCCUAAAACGACAUCUUAGAUCAGACACACGUCAGCAUGAUGUCGGCGGCGCGUAUGUAGCGGCCCAUCCUUCCAUCAUCUUUACAAGCAUUCCAUUCACGUCAACGGACAUCAUGACGUCAUCGCUCUACGUCAUCAUUGCCAUGUUCUUCCACUACCAAACGGUGGCCCUGGCAAGUAAACUCAAGUACCAGGAGCCAUACACCGGCAAGGGGGGCCCCGACCCCUGCUACAAUGAGAACGGCACCCCUAAGCGGUGUGUGCCAGACUUUGUCAACGCGGCCUUCGGUAAACGGGUGGACGCCUCUAGCACCUGCGGCGUGGAGCCGGAGCAUUACUGUAAAUCUGUUAAAGACAAGAGCGGGGAAAUUCAGAGGAACUGCUUCGUGUGUGACGCCAGUAACCCCAAGUACAGCUUCCCGCCGGAGUACCUGACUGACCUCAACAACCCCAGCAACGUCACGUGCUGGAUGUCCAAGACCUACAGCUCCGUCCAGUACCCCUCCAAUGUCACGCUGACCCUCAGCCUCAACAAGAAGUUUGAGCUGACCUACAUCAGCCUCCAAUUCUGCUCGGCCCGCCCCCACUCCAUGGCAUCUCUCUCAACAACAAAAAAAUCACAACAACAAAAAAAAAAAAACAAAAAAACACAAAAAAGCAAGAAGAUGUACAACAAGCCGGCGAGGGCCCAGGCCACCAAGGCCAACGAGCAGGAGGCGCUCUGCUCGGAGGCCUACAGCAACAUCGACCCCUUCACGGGCGCCAGGGUGGCCUACUCCACCCUCGAGGGGCGGCCCUCGGGCCUGGAUUUUGAGAACAGCCCAGUGCUGCAGGACUGGGUCACGGCGACCGACAUCAAGGUCGAGUUCCACAAGCUCAACACGCUGGGGGACGAGCUCAAGGACGACGAGGGCGCCAAGAAAAGUUACUUCUACUCCCUGUCGGACUUCGCCGUAGGGGGGCGCUGCAAGUGUAACGGUCACGCUUCCAGCUGUAUCAUCGGGCGGGACGGGCGGCCGACGUGCGACUGCAAGCACAACACCGACGGCUACGACUGUGAGAAGUGCCAGGCGUUUCACUACGACAGGCCUUGGCAGCGGGCCUCGGUCAGGGAGGCAAACGAGUGCGUCGCCUGCAACUGCAACCUGCACGCCCGCAAGUGUCGCUUCAACAUGGAGCUGUACGAACUGUCGGGCUACAAGAGCGGGGGGGUGUGUCUCAACUGCAAGCACAACACCGCCGGCCGCAACUGCAACUAUUGCAAGGAGGGCUUUUACCGGGACAAGAGCAAGGCUAUCAGCCACAGGAUGGCCUGUAAAGCCUGUGGGUGCCACCCCGUGGGGGCCCUGGGCAAGACCUGCAACCAGACGACGGGCCAGUGCCCCUGCAAGGACGGCGUGCUGGGCCUCACCUGCAACAGAUGCGCCAAGGGCUACAAGCAGACGACCUCACCCAUCGCCCCCUGCGUCAAAAAGCAGGAAAUCCUGCGGGUGAAGCCAGGGGUCAAGGUCACCGAUUCCAGCCCGAACAGAGCGACGGAGGUACGAGUCUCGGGUCACCAUGGCAACCACGCGGACACGAGGCAGCCAGGGAUUCCCAAGACAAGCAUGAACGAAGCCAGGAAAUCUGAAGCAGACGAAGAAACAGACGACUGCGGCAACUGUCAGAAACGAGUGAAAAAGUUGACGAUGCAAAAAUUUUGCAAACGAGAUUUUGCUCUAGAAGUCCAAGUGAUCUCCCGCGAACAAGAAGAAAACUGGGUCAAGUUCACGGUCAGCGUCCUGGCCAAUUACCGCCCGAGCACGCCCGAGAGGUCGCCGAGAAAGGCCGAGACUCUCAUCUGGGUCCCGCUCCAAGACCUGGCCUGCAAGUGUCCCAAGAUCCGCAUCAACCGGAAGUAUCUUGUCGUCGGCAAGUACCGGUCCGAGGACAAGAACCGACCAGGCUACGUGGCCGACAGGUCGACGACCGUCAUCCGCUGGAAGGACAAGUGGCAGAGGCGUCUCCGGCGCUUCUACAAGCGGGAGCUCAACGGCAAGUGUUAGAGCAUUUCGCACGUCAACAUGUUCUCGGGACAACUGGAACAUGUUCUCAUGACAACUGGAACAUGUUCUCAAGACAACUGGAACAUGUUCUCAACACGGGACAACUGGAACAUGUUCUCAACACGGGACAACUGGAACAUGUUCUCAUGACAACUGGAACAUGUUCUCAACACGGGACAACUGGAACAUGUUCUCAACACGGGACAACUGGAACAUGUUCUCAUGCCAACUGGAACAUGUUCUCAACACGGGACAACUGGAACAUGUUCUCAACACGGGACAACUGGAACAUGUUCUCAACACGAGACAACUGGAACAUGUUCUCAAGACCACUAGAACAUGUUCUCAACACGGGACAACUGGAACAUGUUCUCAGGACCACUGGAACAUGUUCUCAUGACAACUGGAACAUGUUCUCAACACGGGACAACUGGAACAUGUUCUCAUGACAACUGGAACAUGUUCUCAUGACAACUGGAACAUGUUCUCAUGACAACUGGAACAUGUUCUCAUGACAACUGGAACAUGUUCUCAUGACAACUGGAACAUGUUCUCAGGACCACUGGAACAUGUUCUCAACACGGGACAACUGGAACAUGUUCUCAUGACAACUGGAACAUGUUCUCAUGACAACUGGAACAUGUUCUCGAGACCACUGGAACAUGUUCUCAUGACAACUGGAACAUGUUCUAAAGACCACUGGAACAUGUUCUCAUGACAACUGGAACAUGUUCUCAUGACAAUUGGAACAUGUUCUCAUGACAAUUGGAACAUGUUCUUAACAUGGAAUAGUUGGAACAUGUUCUCAACAUGGAAUACUUGAAACAUGUUCUCAACAUGGAAUACUUGAAACAUGUUCUCAACAUGGAAUACUUGAAACAUGUUCUCAACAUGGAAUACUUGAAACAUGUUCUCAAUAUGAGGCACAAUUGGAACAUGUUGACAACGUAGAACUUUGUACAUUGGAACAUGUUGACAACGUAGAACUUUGUACAUUUCAAUCGGACAUGGAAUAAUGUGGUUGUGUGGAAUUUGAUUCAAUAUUUAAAUGACGUCAUAAUUAAUUAUAGUGUCAUGUAAUCAAAUAGAUCGAUCUUGACAUUCUACCUCCAUUUUCUUUUUUUGUAAAAUUGCAAUCAUUGGUUGUGAAACAUGAUCGUGACAUGUAAGUUGUCCUAGAACAUGUAAGCUGGCCUAGAAAAUGUAAGCUGGCCUAGAACAUGUAAGCUGGCCUAGAACAUGUAAGCUGGCCUAGAACAUGUAAGCUGGCCUAGAACAUGUAAGCUGGCCUAGAACAUGUAAGCUGGCCUAGAACAUGUAAGCUGACCUAGAACAUGUAAGCUGGCCUAGAACAUGUAAGCUGGUCUAGAACAUGUAAGCUGGCCUAGAACAUGUAAGCUGGCCUAGAACAUGUAAGCUGACCUAGAACAUGUAAGCUGGCCUAGAACAUGUAAGCUGGCCUAGAACAUGUAAGCUGGCCUAGAACAUGUAAGCUGACCUAGAACAUGUGAGCUGGCCUAGAACAUGUAAGCUGGCCUAGAACAUGUAAGCUGGCCUAGAACAUGUAAGUUGGCCUAGAACAUGUAAGCUGGCCUAGAACAUGUAAGCUGACACCAGAAGUCAGACUACGGCGAACUGGUGUUUUCUCUCCAAAAAUGUUCAAGAUGGCCAGAUUUUAAAACGUUCAAGAUGGCCAGAUUUUAAAAUGUUCAAGAUGGCCAGAUUUUAAAAUGUUCAAGAUGGCCAGAUUUUAAAACGUUCAAGAUGGCCAGAUUUUAAAAUGUUCAAGAUGGCCAGAUUUUAAAAUGUUCAAGAUGGCCAGAUUUUAAAAUGUUCAAGAUGGCCAGAUUUUAAAAUGUUCAAGAUGGCCAGAUUUUAAAAUGUUCAAGAUGGCCAGAUUUUAAAAUGUUCAAGAUGGCCAGAUUUUAAAAUGUUCAAGAUGGCCAGAUUUUAAAAUGUUCAAGAUGGCCAGAUUUUAAAAUGUUCAAGAUGGCCAGAUUUUAAAAUGUUCAAGAUGGCCAGAUUUUAAAAUGUUCAAG